CAGAGUAAUGGCUGAGAUCUCCCCUGAUGUCCUCUGCCAACCAGAUGGCACAUUGGGAAGGGACACUGCUGUCCACGAAAACCCAAACAAUAGGACACCAGUGGACAAUCUAACAUUGACCUCCACCAACACUGACUUCGCCUUCAGCCUCUACAAGGAGCUGGCUUUGAAGAAUCCAGAUGGAAAUGUCGUCUUCUCCCCAUUCAGCAUCUCAACAGCCUUGGCCAUCCUGUCACUGGGAGCAAGCAGCAACACCCUGGAAGAGAUUCUGGAAGGUCUCAAGUUCAAUCUCACAGAGACCCCUGAGGCAGUCAUCCACCGGGGCUUUGGGCACCUCCUCCACAUGCUCAGCCAGCCAGGGGACCAGGUGCAGAUCAGAACAGGUAGUGCCAUGUUUAUUGAAAAGCGCCUGCAGAUCCUGGCAGAGUUCAAGGAGAAGGCAAGGGUGCUGUACCAGGCUGAAGCCUCCACGAUUGACUUCCAGCAGCCUCAUGAGGCCAAAAAGAACAUCAAUGACUAUGUGAGGAAACAGACCCACGGGAAGAUCAAGGAACUGAUCUCAGACCUGGAUGAGAGUUCAUUAAUGGUGCUGGUGAAUUACAUCUACUUUAAAGGGAAAUGGAACAGACCAUUUGACCCUCAUGACACAUUCGAGUCUGAGUUCCAUUUGGACAAGAAGAGAUCUGUGAGGGUGCCCAUGAUGAAAAUUGAGAAACUGACCACACCCUACUUCCGGGAUGAGGAUCUGUCCUGCACUGUUGUGGAGCUGAAGUACACAGGCAAUGCCAGUGCCCUGUUCAUCCUCCCUGACGAGGGCAGGAUGCAGCAGGUGGAAGCCAGCUUGCAACCAGAGACCCUGAGGAAAUGGAAGGACUCUCUGAGGCCCAGGAAGAUCGAUGAGCUCUACAUGCCCAAGUUCUCCAUCUCCAGUGACUACCGUCUGGAGAACAUGCUUCCACAGCUGGGCAUCAGGGAAGUCUUCUCCAGACAGGCUGACCUGUCUAGGAUCACAGGGGCCAAGGACCUAAGAGUCUCUCAGGUUGUCCACAAGGCUGUGCUGGACGUGGCUGAGACAGGCACAGAAGCAGCGGCCGCCACAGGAGUCAAAAUGAGGCCUUGUUGUGCGAAAUUUAUAUCGAUGACAGUCCGUUUCAACAGGCCAUUCCUGAUGUUUAUCUCUGAAACAGAUACUCAGACAACCCUCUUUCUGGCCAAAAUCUCCAACCCUAAGUGA